UUUUUUCUUCCCCCUCGGAGAGGGAAGGAUGGGUGGGGAAAGCGAGCGCUCACGAAAGCGAGGCGAGGAGGAAUCCCACAAUACCAGGCGGGUUGCGAGCCCGGCACUGCCGCUGUCUCUUUAAUGCAAGAGGAAGCGAUGCGGAGGGGUGGAAAAUGGCAGAGUUGCAGAUGUUACUAGAGGAGGAAAUCCCUUCUGGCAAGCGGGCUUUGCUCGAGAGCUACCAGAACCUCACUCGAGUCGCCGACUACUGCGAAAACAACUACAUCCAGGCUCCAGAUAAAAGGAAAGCAUUAGAAGAGACCAAAGCCUACACAACUCAGUCUCUAGCCAGUGUUGCUUAUCAGAUCAAUGCUCUGGCCAACAAUGUACUACAGCUGCUGGACAUCCAGGCAUCCCAGCUGCGGAGGAUGGAGUCCUCCAUCAACCAUAUCUCCCAGACUGUGGACAUCCAUAAAGAAAAGGUUGCUCGCAGAGAGAUAGGCAUUUUGACGACCAAUAAGAACACAUCAAGAACUCACAAAAUUAUAGCGCCAGCGAACAUGGAGCGUCCUGUAAGGUAUAUUCGAAAACCUAUAGACUACACGGUGCUGGAUGAUGUUGGCCAUGGCGUAAAGUGGCUAAAAGCCAAGCAUGGAAAUAACCAGCCUGCAAGAACUGGCACCUUGUCAAGAACAAAUCCGCCUACACAAAAACCACCAAGUCCUCCCAUGUCAGGCCGGGGAACUCUGGGACGAAAUACUCCUUACAAAACCCUGGAGCCAGUCAAACCGCCAACAGUCCCUAAUGAUUACAUGACCAGUCCUGCCAGACUGGGCAGCCAGCACAGCCCGGGGAGGACAGCUUCCUUGAACCAGAGACCAAGAACACACAGUGGCAGUAGUGGAGGGAGCGGCAGUCGAGAGAACAGCGGCAGCAGCAGUAUUGGCAUUCCCAUUGCCGUGCCUACACCUUCGCCGCCAACCAUUGGGCCAGCACACAUUUCUGUUCCUCCUCCUCCUGGAGCCCCGCCAGCACCACCACUGCCACCACCUCUCCCGAUGGGCAGUCUGAUAGCUGCUCCAGGUUCAGCUCCUGGUUCCCAGUAUGGCACAAUGACCAGGCAAAUCUCGCGACACAACUCUACCACUUCUUCAGCAUCUUCUGGUGGAUACAGACGGAAUCCUUCUGUGACUGCCCCAUUUUCUGCUCAACCUCAUGUUAAUGGCGGGCCUCUUUAUUCUCAAAAUUCAAUUUCUAUUGCUCCACCCCCUCCCCCUAUGCCUCAGUUGACUCCACAGAUACCUCUCACAGGCUUCGUGGCCAGGGUGCAGGAAAACAUUGCCGAUAGCCCGACUCCUCCCCCCCCGCCGCCCCCUGACGAGAUGCCAAUGUUCGAUGACUCCCCCCCACCUCCACCCCCACCCCCCGUGGACUAUGAGGACGAGGAGGCUGCUGUUGUGCAGUACAGCGAUCCCUAUGCGGAUGGAGAUCCUGCCUGGGCGCCGAAGAACUACAUAGAGAAAGUCGUUGCUAUAUAUGACUAUACAAAGGACAAAGAUGAUGAGCUGUCGUUUAUGGAGGGUGCAAUCAUUUAUGUGAUAAAGAAGAACGAUGACGGCUGGUAUGAAGGAGUUUGCAAUCGAGUAACCGGCUUGUUUCCUGGGAAUUAUGUUGAAUCAAUCAUGCACUAUGCCGAUUAAAAUCCUUUGCUUUUCAAAGUUGGGUCUUGUACUCGGUCAUACCAUGAUUAUUUACGAGGGGUAACUAAAAGCUAACAGAAUUGUCUUAAUAUACUUUCAAAAAAAUGUGCCCAUUUCUUCAGGCCAUACUGUUUUAAUGGUAUGAUUGAAUGUCCAUCUCUCUGAGUCUCUGGGGGCAGUAUGUCUUACCUGAUGGCAAUCUGUAAAACAAGCAACUGUCUAUAACUGGUUAUACUUAUUUACUUACGCAUUGUUAAUUUUAUGACCAGCCUAAAUAUUCUGGGGAAGUAGGGUAUAAUAUUUAAUGAACCAUGAUUCAGAUUGUGCCAUUACAUUUUUCAGUACAGCAUGGUAACUAACACUACGUUAGACUAACAUAUUAAAAUCUGGAUGAGAAGUUUAAUGUUAGUGCUGGUCAUGUUACUUUUUGUUUAGACUCUUUGCUCAUUCUUGAACUAUAUUUGUUUAAAGCAUGCAUACAAACUUAUGUAUUGAAAUAUACUUUUUUAAAAAUCCAAGAUGCUUCCAAUUGUUGUAAUCUUUACCUGGAGUAUUCUCACUGAAGUCUAUUACAAUGAGUUGUUUGGGUCUAAGAUGUCCAUGUGAAUCAAAAAAUGGGUGGUCUUAUGUAUGUGUAAUUUGUACCCAAGUUUUUUUAAUAAGUAAAUUUACAUUAUGACUUUUUCCAUUCAUAAAUAUAUAAGUGAACCAAAGGUCUUGUCCAUUACUUUGUUGGCUGGUUUGACAAAGAAGUUUGGAAUGCUAACGUAGCAAAAUCAUGGCUGUGUUAUCCCAGGCAAUGUACUAAAAAGCAAAUGUUUGUAACAUGACUUUAUCACUGACAGAGGGCAAAUAAAUUAGAUAUGAAACCUGAA